GUGGACGUGCGUGCGGCAAGAACCUGCUGGUAAAGCCUCGGAAAGGACCUGGUUAAUGGUUUACGGUUUUGGCUACUGAUUCCUGCUAACUGGCUAGUGUGGCGGACAGACGGCAGGAUCUGUGGAUUGCUGCGAAUGUGCCAAUAUGUCAGCGCCGCGUAUGUGGGUGUGUGAGUGAGUGUGUGGGUGUGAGACAGUGUCCUUGGGCGGACUAACAGGUUCCCCGUCUUCCCAAGUGUUAAAGUGCGGCCAAAAGUUUUUCGUGGUAAAAAAAAAAAAUACGAUAAAAAGUCUUAAAUCUGCUGUCGCCUCUGAUUUAAGCUGAAAGUUUGCCUGAAGGAUUAAAAAAGCCAUUUCGGACUUGUCAUAGUCAAAGGACAACGAGUUGCCGUGGGCCAAAAGUGUAUAAGGAAUGGGAGAAGUAAGGUAGAGCUAAAACCAUAAACCCAAACGAACAAGCUCAGCUCUGAGUGCAAAAAAAACACAAGAGGAAGAGAAAGUACAUCCUGCGCCCAAGUCUAAUUAGAAGAAUCGCGCUGCGGCAACAGAUUGCUCAUACGCCGUGUGGAUCGCGAGUGUUUUAGUGUCCGUGUAAACAUAAGUACAUAUGUGCGUGUGACCCUAUUUUGUGAAAUCUGAAACAGAAAACUCCUCAAAAACCAUUCGAGAGGUGUUAAAGUUUUUGUUCGAUUUGCUGGCGGGCCGUCGAAGAAUUAGUUUGGCAUGCGGCUGCUGUUGCCACAACUGUUGCAUGCAACAUGGAUGGCGAAAAUCGGAUCAUACUCAAUGUGAGCGGAAUAAGAUAUGAAACCUAUAAGGCCACGCUCAAGAAAAUCCCCGCAACACGUCUCUCCCGACUGACCGAAGCCCUGGCCAACUAUGAUCCGGUGCUCAAUGAAUACUUUUUUGAUCGCCACCCCGGGGUCUUCACCCAAAUCCUCAACUAUUACAGAACUGGAAAACUGCACUAUCCAACUGACGUGUGUGGUCCGCUUUUCGAGGAGGAGCUGGAAUUCUGGGGACUCGACUCAAAUCAGGUAGAACCUUGCUGUUGGUCAACAUAUAGCAUACAUCGCGAUACGCAAAACACCUUAGCCAUAUUAGAUAAGCUAGAUAUUGAAAAUGAAAAGCCCACGGAGGAGCAGAUAGCUCGUCUAUUUGGUUUUGAGGAGGCACUGAGCAACGGCGAGCUUAACUGCUGGCAGCGUAUAAAACCCAAGAUCUGGGCCAUGUUCGAUGAGCCAUCCAGCUCCACGGGUGCCAAGAUCGUUGCUGGCAUGUCGGUUUUCUUUAUAUUUGUUUCUGUGAUAUCAUUCUGCCUGAAGACCCAUCCCGGCUUUCGUGUCGAUCUGCCCUCCGGAGCCCACGAUGCCCACGGGCCAGGAGCGGGUGGUCCACCCCACGGACACGAUCCCAUGGGAGAACCACCGCAGACCCAUCAGUAUCAUCAGCACAGCAUAACGCCGCCCAGCGGCAGCAUCGGACCCACCUUUCGUGUCACAAACUACACGAGCUACAGCAGCGGUAACUUUACCGCUUCUGGCCAAGCCACGCCCAUUGCCACCAUUAAGGGCGGCCAGCGGCAGCGACUGAAACGGAAUAUCAACGGAAGUAUCCUCAACGAGUUUAUCGAAGAGAAGAUAUUGGGCCAUAAUGGGAGGAGAAAACACGGAUGGAUUGAGACCUAUGGGCAGCCACACGAGGCCUUCUUCUACGUGGAACUGGUCUGCAACGUCUGGUUCUUCAUCGAGGUCAUCAUCAGGCUGAUUGUCUCCCCUAAUUUGUGGCAGUUCAUAAAGUCGCCGGUCAAUAUUAUUGAUUUUACGGCCACUUUGAGCUUUUACACGGACGUAAUGCAGCGCAUGGGUGAAUAUACGGGUCUUCUGGAGGCCUUUUCCAUCGUCAGGAUUAUGCGACUGUUCAAGCUGACUCGCCAUUCACCGGGCCUGAGAAUCCUCAUCCACACAUUCAAGGCUUCGGCCAAGGAGCUUACUCUGUUGGUGUUCUUCCUCGUCCUGGGCAUAGUUUUCUUCGCCAGUUUGGCUUACUAUGCGGAGAAGUUGCAGGACAAUCCGGACAACCAGUUCAAGAGCAUACCUUUGGGUCUGUGGUGGGCCAUUGUGACCAUGACCACCGUGGGAUAUGGCGAUGUGGCGCCCAAGACCUAUCCGGGCAUGUUCGUGGGUGCCCUCUGUGCUCUAGCCGGUGUGCUGACCAUCGCCCUGCCCGUGCCCGUCAUUGUCAGCAAUUUCUCCAUGUUCUACUCUCACACUCAGGCUCGCUCCAAGCUGCCCAAGAAGCGACGACGUGUCCUGCCGGUGGAGCAGCCGCGCCGCAAGAGGGAGCCAACUGCUCCGCAUCGCGGAAGGACGAACGCCAUCAAACAGACGCCACCCACUGGGCCGGGAUUGGUGGCCGGUGGUGUGGUUCCAGUGGGAGCAGGAGGGCCGGGACUCGGUGGUCAUGCGGUGGGUCAUUCUGCUGCAGGGGCGCCAAUGUUUAAGGACGCAUUCGGCGGUGCCAAAAUCGCGGACUACUUGAGCGUGCCGGCGGUGCAGAGCCUCCAGCCGCGGGCGGCGACGACUGGCCACGACUUCAUGCUGCCGCUCCAGCCAAAACUUCUGGGCCCCCUGGAACGCAAGGAUCAGCAUCCGCUGCAACUGACUGCCCACAAUUUGGCCUCGGACACGCACCAGCUGAUGUACUCGGGCCACGCCCACUCGCAGCACAAGGUGGGCGGUGGGGCAGCGGUGCUAAAUGUGCCGCCCACGUUGAGCAUGUCGCACACCCAGAUGCCACCCGGAAUCGCCAGCAUGGGUCAGCGGACGCCAAAUCUGAGUUUUCGGCCCGCUCACGGGGCGUCGUCCCAGGUGGCCACUGUCCAGCAGCCCAUUCCGCACUCCCAUGCCUGCCACGCCUCCACGAAUUGCAACAUCAAGAUUUCGGUUGCCUCCGCCGGUCUUUCGGUGGGAUGUCCGGAUGAGUUUCGGACUCCCAAGGUGACGCUGCUGGACGAUCUCAGCGACGAUGUCAACUCCUCGACGGAUGACUGCGGGGACUGUUGUCUGGUGGACGACAGCGAUACCUACGAGGGAACCACCAUCAACAAUGGUCCGAGUGGACAGGAGAACGGAACGGAAGCCAUUGGGCUGGAUGAUGGCCUUCUGGAUAACGAUGGUGAGGAUGAGGAGGACGGCGAGGGCAGCGGUGUGGGCGGGGAUAGCGGCGAUAGUCUCGGAGGGAUCUACAUUGGUCCCAGGCAUUGAUUGCCGGACAUUAGCUGGGAUUUCCACAACUGAAACGGACUUACCAACUUCUGACAGUACUGCCUAAAAAAGCUCUAAAACUGCGGUAAAAGUAGGGAAAAGGAUUAAAGUUGGAAGAUUUUUAGAGUAUGUAUAAUGUGAAUGAAUGGUUUAACUGCUGAAUGCAACUUUAUCUGGCUAAAAUUUUUAGAAACUUUAAAGCCAAGGUCAAUCAUACACAAGCCAAUUUCAUUGCCAUUGGUCACUUAAACUUUCCGUAUCUCUAUUACUUUUAUUAAAUUCAGCUAUUGCAGUUAUUCCAAAGUUCUUUAUUUCUAUAAUCUUCUUAAAAACAUAUAAAAGUUAAGGUCGUGGAAAGUAAAUACUUUAAGUUCAAGUGUCAUAGGAAUUAAGAAUAGCAAAGUUGGAUAAGUAUUUUCAAACGUCCACUUAAGAAAAACUAUUAGAAAAAUCAUGUUCUCAAAUGUUUAACGGAAUCAGAGAUUUUAAAGUCGUAACGAAGAGUUUUUAAUGCUUAUUUCAAAGUUUUCGAAAAGAAGAUUGUGAAGAUCACUGCCUCUACGAUUGUAAACUUCUCAAAUUAAAUUUUAUGGCACUGAGAUAAUUAUCCAUUAAUUUUAAGAUGGGACACAUACAGUUUGCAACCAUUUAUCAGGACUUUUAAUCAAUCUUUGCUUUCUACUUACGCCAAGCAGUAAACAACAUUCCUUGUCCGGCCAAGACAAACAUCCGUAACAUUUGUAUCAGUGUCCUUAUAACUGUCAUGUUGACAACUGUCAUUGGCAGCGUGCAUGGAGGAUUGUUUGCGUGCGUAUGUGUGUGCAGCCGGGCACGUCCUGGCAAGGUCCUGCAAACAAAGGAAGAGUGAGUCUGCAAAUGGACGGGGGUCAGAAGAGAAGCUACCCGCAUACAAGGCAAACAUAUCGUCCACAUAAAUGUGACCACUUGUGUGCAGACAGUCAGAGAUAGAGCACCGCCCACUUUCGCCCAUUUCCCAAGCACUCCCAUUUUCCUGUCCCGUCAAGGUGUUUAUUGUGCAAAUCUUGGGGCAAGAAUUGCAUGGCCAACUAUAAAUUCCCACACUUGACUCUCACGCUCCGUUUGCCCGGAUCAGACCCUGAAUCAUGGCCAAAAAGUGUCAUCGGGCUUGUUUAUCUGACACAUUGACUGCCACCAUUUCAAUGAACUGGCGAGCAAAAACUGUGUCGACAAGACGCACACAAAAGGCGACGACGACAUCCAAAAACUAAAACGGCGACGACAUUCGUGUCCUUGCUUUCCUGACCCAUCCCAUUCCAUACCAUCCGAUCCUUACAGCAACCCACUUCCACCCAGCGCGAUGGAGGUUUGUGUGGUUGACCUUGUAAAUAGUUUUUUUUUUUUGGGGUCGCUGUGUUAAGUUUUCACUCUUCGACAUUUAUUUCCAUAAAUGUUAAUUGAUUUUUGCAUGGAUGCUGAAAAAUGAAUAAGCUGAACUCAAGGAAAUGUAAAUAUUUGGGCAUGACGGUCAAGAACUAACCAAAUGAAAACGAAACUGAACAUAAAGAAAGACAGUAGCAAACAUAUUUGACUUUAAAUAAGGUUCAAUGGUAAUUUUUGGUCCAAUAUUUAUAGUUUUUGAUGUGCUAAAAACGAUAAAAUGACGAACAAUUUUGAUUCAGAUAAGUAAGAAGGGGCUUUAGAAGUACAAAGCUCCUUAAACCACACCUUCUUGUAAGUCUAGGUGGAAAAUAGAUGGAAAUGUAGAUUUAAAUAGAUAUCAUGCCCAAACAAUGAGGUGAGGGAGGUGAUUCCAAUUAGUCAGUAAAGUAAAAUCCGCUGGUCUGAGUGUGCGUCGUUUUAAAUUUAAUCUUUAUUACUUAGCUAAUCUCUGAUAAAAAGUUAAAUAAUUGCCUAAUUGUUGUGUAAGGGUAUUCCCGGAAUCGACUUGCCGAUUACACCUUUUUUCUCAUUAAGAUAUGGAUUCAUUACUUUAAAUUGUAUAAGAGGAAUGUUGCUUUAAAUACUGUUCAAUUUAGAAAAAAAACACAUAUUUUCUUAUAUUACAAAACAAAAAUUUGAUGUUGCGAAAAUUCCGAAGAGUAUAUAAAUAUGUAUUGUUAAUUCGUGACACACUUUUUAAAUAAAAGUUACAUUUAAAUACUUUUACAUAAUCUUAAAUGAGAAAGGAAAUGAAUCUUUUGAUAUAAAAGAUACUGCUGCGAACCAGUGCUCGUUGAAAUAAGAUCGUUUCAAUAGAAAUAUAGUUAGUUUAAAAAACACAAGUGAGAUACUAAACUAAUAUUAAACUUUUGCCUAGCAAAUAACUAAGUUUAGACCGGUCAAUGCAGAAUAAAAUAUUGCAUACAGAAGUUGAUUGAAGAACUAAAUCCUUUUGAAAGAAAUCACCCACCAUAGACAGGAAACAAGAACCCGGCUGAAAGUAAAUUAAAAGAAUUUUGGAAGCAUAAUCUGUGUGUAUAUAGAUAAUCUCAAGAACAACCUAAAUUUCAUUAGUUAAAUGUCGAAAAAGCAGUAAAAACACAUUUCUACAAUAUUUACUGUAAGUAAAGUGUCAAGAACAAAAAGGAAAACCAAAACUGUUUACAAGCAAAGCGAAUUUUUAAAUGUUGAAAAAAUGAGAUCCGGAAAAGUAAACGAUAAAUAAGCAAAAAAAAAAAUGUGGUGUGCAAAGAAAAAUUAAAUUUUAACAAAAAUAAAAAUUCUUUGAAAAAGC